AUGUGGUCCGGUUAUGAUAGGGGCAGUGGCAAGCUUGAUGCUGCCAGCAACAGUCAACAAGAAACUUUGGCCGAUAUCGAGCACAUUUCUACGAUUGCCGGUUCGCUCGGCAGCAUCGGGACCAUCUCGCAGUCCGGCGACGGAGAACCAGUUUACGAGACGGACCACACAGACCUCAACUCGGAGUAUGACGAAGUGGAGCUGCGCCGGGAACUUAUGAAGGAUAAAUGGCGUCAAUUAUUCGAUGCGUUCGAUCCCGAAGGAUUUGGCGAAAUUCCUGUGGACGACUUUGUCGCAGCACUGAAAUCACCAGAAUUUCUCGCCAACGUGCCGCCCAAUAAACGUGACAUACUGUACGAUCGCGCCCUGAAAGCCAAGACCUCCAAGGUGGAGGCGAUCUCUUUUCAAGAUUUUGUCAACGUGAUGAGCGGCAAGCGUUCACGUAGCUUCAAGUGUGCAGUACAUCAUCGCGAUCGUGAGGUUUGUUCCGAGAACGAUUUUCAUCUGAUAUUUGAGGAUCCACCACUAUUCCGCAGAAUGGUGCACGUAAUUGCAAUGGAAGUGCUCCCCGAGGAGCGGGAUCGGAAAUAUUAUGCAGACAAUUAUUCAUGCUGUCCGCCUCCGUUAUUUGUGAUACUAGUUACAAUCGUCGAGCUCGGGUUCUUCAUCUAUCACUCAGUAACGCUAGGUCCGGCGGAUCCGGCGGGUCCGGUUCCGAUCGAUUCGAUGUUCAUUUAUCGACCAGACAAACGACAGGAAGUGUGGCGAUUUCUAUUCUACAUGGUCCUGCAUGCAGGAUGGUUCCAUCUAGGCUUCAAUCUAAUCAUACAACUCCUCGUUGGGCUACCAUUAGAGAUGGUACACGGAUCAGCAAGGAUAGGUUGUGUUUAUCUAGCGGGUGUACUGGCCGGUUCGUUAGGUACUAGCGUAUUCGACCCGGAAGUAUAUCUCGUAGGAGCGAGUGGGGGCGUGUACGCCCUGCUCGCUGCUCACUUAGCCAAUGUAAUGCUAAAUUACCGCAAUAUGCAGUAUGGCAUUCUACGGUUACUAGCAAUAUUUCUAUUCGCGUCCUGUGAUGUAGGGUUCGCCAUCUAUUCCCGAUAUUCGGUGGAACCGGCCAGUGGGGCACCUUCGGUAUCGUACGUGGCGCACCUAACGGGAGCCCUCGCCGGGCUCACGAUCGGGCUGCUGGUGCUGAAAAACUUCGAGCAAAAGUUGCACGAACAGCUUCUAUGGUGGGUGGCGCUCGGUGUGUAUGCCGCCUGUACCAUCUUCGCCAUCGUGUUCAACCUGCUCAACACGGUAACGGUCCAGAGGCUCGAGGAGGAAAGUGAAGAGGUAUUCAAACAGCAUCUAUUCACCAACUUCGGCUUCUAG